UUCUGAGGUUCAAAUGUCCCUCCCACUUUCUACAUCAACAACUACUAUUCGCGAUUCGCGCCAUUCACAAUUGUGACGUCGCUCUACCUCUUACUAUCGUUUAUGCUCGCAAUUAACCACGAGAACAUACUCUCAUUUAGAAAAAGACGCUAAUUUUUAUCUCUCCCUAACACCUUCGAUAAGAAUCGAUCUUAACAACACCUGAAUCACAAUCUACGACUACACUCCUUCGAUUUCUUUUAUCAUGGCGGAAGAAUUUAACGAGGAACCGGCCGAGGGCCAGCAGUCAAACCCUGGUGCCGAUAUCGAGAUGGGUGAAGGUGAAGAGGCCGGACUUGUUCCUAGCAAUGGUGGCGCAGAGCUGGCUUUUCCUGAGGGUGGUGAAAUCGAACCGCGUACUAGUUAUAUUAGCUAUUUGACCAGCCCAGUCGUCACACUGCUCGUUGGCACAGGCGAAUCUGAGACUCUGCUCACUGCGCAUCAGGCGCUUCUUACCCAAAGCCCAUGGUUUCUAGAUGCCUGCGCAGCUUUCACCGACGAUGGAAGCCCGCGACAAAUAGACCUGGCAGGUGAAGAGCUGGACGCCGUUGGCUGCUUCUUGGAAUUCCUAUACACCGGCGAUUAUUUUCCCAAGAAGCUACCGGGCCAACGAACCCUAGAACCAGAUCCUUCGAUUCCGGCCGUCGACGAGACAGGCGAACAGCUUUUGAAGCACGCGCGCGUCUAUACCCUCGCUGAGAAGUUUGGAGUGGAGAAACUGAGGAGUUUGGCGAGUAGCAAGAUUCACUGCGUCAACUCCACCGCAAAGGGAGAGAUUGCCUAUGCCCGUUACAUCUACCAAUACACUAGCAAGGAAGACACGACGGUCCGCGCGCCGGUGGCCAACUUCUGGGCUACUCGCAGCCACACUCUACGUGCAGAGGCGGAGGAGGAAUUCCGCUCUCUUUGCUUGGAAUUUCCUCAAUUUGGUUACGAUGUUCUUACUCGUGUAUUGGACGAGAAGCUCAAGAGAGAACGCAACGACAAGCUACACCCAGCACCCUCAAGUGGACGCAAGCGACCUCGCCACAGCGGUGUAUAAACGAACCGCUAUUUCUUGGCAUAAUUCGUCAACUUUUCGAUUUACUAGUCAAUAAUGGUGUUCGCAUUGGGUGGAAGUACUUACGAUACCAGAUGGAAUUAAUGCAGCCUCUUCACCAGCCUUUGUAUUAACACGCUAAUUGGGAAAUAUCCCGAACUUUGCGACCUGGCACAUAUCUGGGAGGUCGGGUAGGAUACCUAUUGUAUGUGGACCGGACUGCUAAGAGAGGGGACGUCACGUCUCCAUAGUGUAUUAUAGGAGUUGUAAAAAGGAUCAAGAUAGUUCGAUAGGACGAUAAAAAUAAGUCUGUAUUACCCAUUGAUGUCAAAAUACUGAUAUGCGAAUUGCGCAG